UUCUUUAGAGUUUUCCCCCCGCCACCCAGCCGCAAGAGCGAGCGAGAGGGCGAGUGUUCGUGAGUGCGUUCGUGAGUUUCGUUCAAUUGUUCGUGUCGUAACGUGUCGAGUCGUGUCGAUGACAUUUCCCCAAAAAACAACCGAGAUUUUGUUGGUAACGGAAAUCGCCGGAGUGCUAAUUAAAUUUGCAUCUGCCCUGGUCGGCAGUUAAAUUUUAAGUCAUAGAGAUUAGUACAUAGCUGUAAUUAAAUUGGGUAAAGAAGAAAAACUCUGCCAUAAAUCGUAGCCAAACUAGUCUGCUGUGUUAUUUUCCACAUGGCCCUGCACAAAUCAUCAAAACGAAAUGCAAUAAAUCAGCUAGUUCAGGUUAAAUAUUUAAUUUCACACACCGAAUGAUAUAAGUGGCAAUAAAAUUUCCGUGCGAAUUUGUGCGCUGUCUGCGAGUCCAUGUGCAUAAAUAAAUGAGGCUGUGACCAGCCAGUUGACCCGUGAGCCGUUAUUUAUCGGGCCAUCCACCUGAGGACAACCGACCAACCCGAAAGUUUUCGCCUCGAAUUUAUUGCCAAUGCCGCGCUCGCGCAAUCCGCAGUCCUUUGGGCCUCAUUCUUGGCCAGCCAAAAGAAGCAGAGCCUCAAUAAAAAUCCUCAGACAAGGCACAAAAUCAUAAACCCCAUAGAAACCCGUACUACCCAAGACCAAAUUUCAUCGGGACCGGAAAAAUGCCAAAGCACGAACGGAGAAAACAAUAAAUAUCAACUGGAGGAGUCCAAGAAAAGCAGCUUUAAAUAUAUAUACACACACACACGAUAUCAACCAGCAACUGACCAAAUACACUUAAUAACUAACUAAUAUAUAAACAAAUACCUAAUCCAACUGAGCGGACCAAAACGCGGAAACUAAAUCUAAGCUGCAAAAAAUCAAUGUGAGACUUGUGCUUGUAAUACAAAUCGAAGACCAAACAGUAUCGGUUAUACGGAUCUAGUCUAGGAACAUUUAUAAUUAGCCUAACAUUUAAGUGUACAUAUGACCAGAAUGGAAUACAAACUUGGUAAAAGCUUUAAACUAGACAACUAAGAACGGAGAGGGGCAAAACCAAACUCGAAUUUUGCUGUCAAUUCUCGUGUGUAAAGUGUAACUGAACGUGUAAACUGUAGACUGUGCUAUAAACAUAUUCAACCUAUUUAUAAACACUAACUAACCAUAUACAAUAUAUAUAUAUAUCGUAUUUUUGUCGAGCAAAAAGCAUUUAGACCGGGCAGAAAAAAACAAAGACCGCUUUCAGGUAACUAACAACACAUUAAACAAUCUUUUCUGGGAGCUUUCAUUGCUGUGCUUUGGUAGAUCUGUCUAUAAGUGUUCCUUAUGCAUUUAUGUGACCGUAACUGUGUGUGUGUAUCUGUGUCUCUGUGUCCUUGCCUGUGUAUCCAUGAGUUCCUAGCACGACAUAGCCAUCCUGCGAGAGUCCUUCUGCAAGAUGAGCAACGUUGCCUUUGAGCAGAACACGCCGAGUGGCAGUGGCAACGAUAACAAUGAUAACAACAAUAAUAAUAACCCCAACUGCAGCCGUUUAGCCAGCAUUCGUAACUACAAGUUAGCUAAUUGGUUUCCACAACGCGCCGAGGAAAACAAGCGCAAGAAGCGCGUGGAGCAGCAGCGCCAGCAGCGGCAGCGGCGGGGGGCAAAGGUCUUCAAGUGUGUCAGCGACUCCACCGGCCACCUGACCCUGGCCCCCUCGCGCCUCUUCGAGCGCACGCCCAUGAGUCCGUCGGACAGUCUGGACGAGAUCGCGCUGCAGAUCCCCAGAGUUCGUGUGGAGUACUAUGUGAACGAAAACACAUUUAAAGAAAGACUGCAACUCUAUUUCAUUAAGAAUCAGCGUUCAAGCCUGCGCAUACGAAUCGCCGAUUUAUUCCUUAAGUUACUGUCGUGUGUUCUCUACAUAAUACGUGUGAUAUUGGAUAAAAAUCCAACAUUUAUAACAUGCUAUGGCUGCGAAGUGGGCAACAAGACGGAGUUCAUCAUCUCGGCCAAACUGACGGAGGAGGAGUUCCAGGAGAACCCCAUCAUCAACUGGGACGCCAUACUCUGGGUGAAUCGGCCAACAGUGCUCUGGGUCCUCCAGCUACUUCUGGCCAUGGUGUCGCUAACGCAAUCCUUGGUUCUCACAUAUCUAGGCUAUAAGGGCAACAUCUGGCAACAGAUACUCUCAUUUCACUUUAUACUAGAAUUAGUAACGACAAUACCCUUUGCACUUACGAUUGUUCAUCCUCCGCUGCGGAAUCUGUUCAUUCCUAUUUUCCUCAACUGCUGGCUGGCCAAGAGAUCGCUGGAGAAUAUGUUUAAUGACCUCCAUCGUGCCAUGCAAAAGUCUCAGUCGGCGCUUUCCCAGCAGUUGACCAUUCUAUCAGCCACUUUGCUGUGUUUAGUCUUUACGAGCGUUUGUGGCAUCCAGCACUUUCAGCGCGCUGGUCAUCGACAUUUGAAUCUCUUUCAGAGCACCUACUAUGUGGUUGUGACCUUCUCCACAGUGGGAUACGGUGACUUUGUGCCGGACAUUUGGCCCUCGCAGCUCUAUAUGGUCAUCAUGAUUUGUGUCGCCCUCAUUGUGCUGCCCACGCAGUUCGAGCAGCUGGCCUUCACGUGGAUGGAACGCCAAAAGCUGGGCGGCAGCUACAGUUCCCAUCGCGCCCAAAGUGAAAAGCACGUGGUGGUGUGCUCCACCACCCUGCACGCGGACACCAUCAUGGACUUCCUCAACGAGUUCUACGCCCAUCCGCUCCUGCAGGACUUCUAUGUGGUGCUGCUCAGCCCCAUGGAGCUGGACACCACGAUGAGGAUGAUCCUGCAGGUGCCCAUUUGGGCGCAGCGCGUCAUCUACAUUCAGGGAUCCUGCCUGAAGGAUGGCGACUUGGCACGCGCCAGGAUGAACGAGGCGGAGGCGUGUUUCAUCCUGGCGGCCAGAAACUAUGCGGACAAGACGGCUGCCGACGAGCACACCAUCCUGCGAUCCUGGGCCGUCAAGGAUUUCGCACCGAAUGUUCCGCAGUAUGUGCAGAUAUUCAGGCCCGAGCACAAGCUGCAUGUGAAGUUCGCGGAGCACGUGGUCUGCGAGGACGAGUUCAAGUACGCCCUUUUGGCCAACAACUGCACCUGUCCCGGCGCCAGCACCCUGGUCACCCUGCUGCUCCACACAUCCCGCGGACAGGAGGGCCAGCAGAGUCCGGAGGAAUGGCAUCGGCUGUAUGGAAAGUGCUCCGGAAACGAGAUCUACCACAUUGUCCUGGGCGACAGUCGAUUCUUCGGGGAGUACGAGGGCAAGAGCUUCACCUACGCCAGCUUCCAUUCGCACCGCAAAUAUGGAGUGGCCUUGGUGGGCGUGCGUCCGGCGGAGCUGCCCGAAUUCUACGAGGAGACCAUCCUGCUGAAUCCCGGACCCAGGCACAUUAUGAAAAAGGAUGACACGUGCUAUUACAUGAGCAUCACCAAGGAGGAGAAUUCCGCCUUUGUCGUUAAUCAAAAUCAAACAUCGGACCCAACGGCGGGGGCCAAGGAGGGGGGCGGGGCCGGGGGCGGCCCCUCCUCAUCCGCCUCCCCCCACCCCGCGGCAGCAACUGCCAAUCCAACUACAACAACAACAAUAACAACAACAACAGUACAAGCAACAACAACAACAACAAUUAGCACAACCUUCACAUCAUCAACAUUACUAUCAGCAUCAACAACAACAGCAACAAUAAAUGCAACCUCAACCGCCGCAGCCGCACCACCACCAGUGCCGUCUGUUUGUGUGCGUGUGCCCCACAGUCCCAGUUACGAUAGUGGUGGUGGCACCACUAAUACCGGCACCACCCACUUGCAACCGUAUCCGUAUCCGCAAUCGUAUCCGCAAACGUAUCCGCAAUCGCAUCCGCCAAUGCAAACACCAGACAGUGGCGAGUUUGCAUCACUAUUUGUGCCCAGCGAUAAUCCGACGGCUGUGAUAAUCUCGGACUCCAGGCAGAACCUCAAGGACACGACGGUGACCCAGACGGCGGCGACGAUAACCACAACGACCCUGCCGCCUCCUCACCAAACCAUGGGAUCCCCGAGCAUGGCGGGGGGAUCGGGAGGAGGUGGUGGAGGAGGAGGAGGAGGGGGCCUGGGCUUGGGCAGUGCCCACAGCAUGGGCACCUCGCUCAGCAUCACCCCAGCAGCACUGACCACCACGGGCAACCACCUGGAUGUGCCCUUCGCCAACAAUCCCAACCUGCUCAGUCCGGAUGUGCUCAACCAGCGGAGGGGUAGUAGACGUCCCUCGAUCCUGCCCGUGCCCGAUAUGUUCACCUCCUCCUCGUUCAGCAUCGCCGGCAAUGACGAUGGCGAGGAGGGGGACGAGAGUGACGACGAGAUCGACGACGAGAUGCCCUGGCGAUCGCCUUCCGAGAAGAUUGCCUGCUUGGGCGGGCACUUUCCACAAUCGCGAACCUAUUCGCUCAUCAUGAGCUCCUCGGAGGAAUCGUAUCAGCGCGGUUGCAGCUUCUGCAAUGCCACAGCUUCCGUUUCCGCUUCCGCUGCUUCCGCUGCUGCUGCUGCUGCUGCUCCUUCUGCUGCUCCUGAUUAUCCAGGGGAUUCUGCAGGUGAAUCCUUGACAAAUGCCGAUUCGGUUGACUUUGCCACUGCCCUGCCAUCCGAGGAGCAUCUGCCGCAGUUGCGCAGGCGCGUGAUGAAGAAGAGCUACAGCUGCGACAGUGAGUGCCGUUCGGUGCCCGGAAUGGGACUAGGAACAGGAAUGGGAACGGGUUUGGGAUUGGGUGGCGGCACCCUGGCCAGAUUGGCGGCUCGCAGGCGCCAGUUGCAGAGAUGCUGCUCCUGCAGUUGCUCCACCACCACCACAACGAACACACCCAAAAUGGCGGCAGCAGCAGCGGGAAUGGCGACCGGAAGUGGGGCAACGGCAUUCACGUCGAACAGUUCCGUAGAGACACGUCGACCGGUGCGUCCGGUUUGGGUCUACGACUACUCCUGCAUCGUCAAGGGUUUUCCGCCCGUGUCACCCUUCAUUGGCGUGAGUCCCACGCUUUGCUACCUGCUCAAAGAGAAGAAGCCCCUCUGCUGUCUGCAGCUGGCUCAGGUCUGCGAGCACUGCAGCUAUCGAAAUGCCAAGGAGUACCAGUGGCAGAACAAGACGAUCAUCCUGGCAGCGGACUAUGCCUCCAAUGGUAUAUACAAUUUCAUCAUCCCGCUGAGGGCACACUUCCGAUCGAAGACCUCAUUGAAUCCUAUAAUACUGCUCCUGGAGAGGCGACCGGAUGUGGCCUUUCUGGAUGCCCUCUCGUACUUUCCUUUGGUCUACUGGAUGCUGGGCUCCAUCGACUGCCUGGAUGAUCUUCUAAGGGCUGGCAUCACCUUGGCCGAAAGUGUGGUGGUGGUCAACAAGGAGCUCUCCAAUUCCGCCGAGGAGGACUCCCUCUCGGACUGCAACACCAUUGUGGCCGUGCAGAAUAUGUUCAAAUUCUUUCCCAGCAUCAAGAGCAUCACCGAGCUGUCGCAGAGCUCCAACAUGAGGUUCAUGCAGUUCCGGGCCCACGACAAGUACGCCCUUCAUCUCAGCAAAAUGGAGAAGCGCGAGAAGGAGCGCGGCUCGCACAUCUCCUACAUGUUCCGGCUGCCCUUCGCCGCGGGGGCGGUGUUCAGUGCCUCCAUGUUGGACACCCUACUGUACCAGGCCUUCGUGAAGGACUAUGUGAUUACCUUUGUGCGGCUGCUGCUGGGCAUUGACCAGGCCCCGGGCAGUGGGUUCCUCACCUCGAUGCGCAUCACCAAGGACGACAUGUGGAUACGCACCUAUGGGCGGCUGUACCAGAAGUUGUGCUCCACCACCUGCGAAAUACCCAUUGGCAUUUACCGCACGCAGGACACCUCGAAUGCGGACACCUCUCAUGUGAGUAACUCGCCGGUCGAGAGAUGGGGACCCUUCUCGGCCUUCAGCAGACAUUGUGUGCGCUUGCGUCCAUCGUACGACGAGGAGACCGGCACGCCCGACUCGACGAAGGACUCGACGGAAAUGCUGCGCGGGGUCACCUACCGACCGCCGGGGUCGGCAACAGGUGGCGCCAGCAGCUUCCGGCCUCAGCCGCAGCGCCAGCGGUCGGUCAACUGCCUGGGCGGUUGUUCGGAGCGCAAGGGAUCAUCCUAUUCCAUCAACCUGGCUGACGAGGCGAGGGACAACCAUGCUCAGCAGAUCGAGCGAGCCGAGAUUGCCAAUCUGGUUAGAAGUCGGAUGGAGUCCCUGAAUCUGCCCACAAUCGACUAUGAUGAUGUCAGCGAGAAGCGCAACCACCUGUCCUAUGUGAUAAUCAACCCGAGCUGUGAUCUCAAACUGGAGGAGGGCGAUCUCAUAUACUUGGUAAGGCCGUCGCCGUUCUCGGCCCAAAAGACCUUCGAGCGACACAACUCGCGCCGCAAGUCGAACAUCUCGUUCUGCUCGAACAUCAACCUGGGCGCCACCUGCGGCCCCCAGAUGCCGCAGAUGAACAUGAACAUGGCCAACACCGCCGUCGGGGCUGGAUCGCGUCGAGGAUCGGGCAUCGCCGGCCUGAACCCCAUGCAAAUGCAGAGCGUUCAGACCUUGGCCGGGUAUGGAUCAUCCUCGCAGCGCUGUAGCCCCCCGAUGCAGCAAAUUAAAUCGAAUUCUCUUUCUCUACCCGACAGUCCGACGGUGGUUGGCAAUCAGCGAGGACGGAGUAACUCAUUGCGGAUCGACAACGAUAUACUGCUCCGUCGAUCCUCGUCCCUGCGACAGGGCCUUCCCAGCGUGGGCGUCAGCCACGGCCGGAGAAAGUCGUCGCUGGAGGAGAUCGGCAUAAGUCACUUCACCACCCUCAUGCAGGCAACGAACCACAGCAACCCCAUCAAGAUAUCCCUCAACGGCAGCAUCGGCAUGGAGAAUCAAAUCUCCCUGCAGGUAACACCACCCGAGGAGCCCACACCCAUGUUGGGUGUGCCCUGUGUGCUGGGCAGUGGCGGUGGAGGUGGCAUCAACCCAUCCGGAGCAGGUUCCUCCACCGGCGGCAUGCAUGGCAUGGGCGGUGGCUCCUCGCUGGCCAUCAAUACCGCUGACCUGGGACCCGGACCCAGUACCUCCUCGGGCGCCGGUGGUUCGCUGCAGCCACAGGAUUCGCUGGGACAGCAGUCGUCGCAGGUGUCAUCGCCACAGCAUCUGCAGGGAACGAUCGUAUGAUACAACCUGAUGUGGGGGCGCCGACUCCGCUCCUCCAUGUCGAAAAACAAAUGGAUAUAGAACACGGCCAGCACACACAGACACACCCGUAGAGAUAAGUUCUAGGCAGAGCGAAAGUAUUAGGAACCCAACCAAAUAAACCCACCCACCCCAAAAAAAAACAAAGGCUGUCUGUGGUGUGUGCGAUCCCGGUGAAUCCAUUUCGAGUUCCCUUAAGUUAGUUUCGUACGUUCAAUAGAUCAGUUCAUCCCUAGGAAGUAACCAAUAGAUAUUGUAUAUUGCAUGUUUUGCAAUUAGUUGUAAGCUAUGAAUAUGUCGGCUUGGCACAAAGGAAGCUGCCUCAAAUUGUGUUUUGGGAACAACAAAUGUAGUUAAACUAUUGGAUAGGUGGGACGAUGAUUUAGCAAACUGUAUAACUGUAUAUAUCUGAUGCCUAGUUCUAAGCAUAUCCGAGGAGCCAGACGUAGCAAACUAUCAAAUAGAUCGGGCUUAGGCGCUAAAAUCCAUGUAUAUACCUUAGGUAUGACCAUUUUGUUGGGCUUCAGCUCGGUUUAGCUUAUCCUUCAUUCGGGAGAAACUUCCUCUGACCCACGUAAACCCCAUAUAGAUACAUAUAUGAAGGUGCUAUCGAUGUCUUGUACUAUACACACAAUUAUAGGAAAGGAAGAUGGAGAAAAAUAAACCAAGAAAGUGAAAAGGUUUUCAUAACAUAAAUUGGAACGGGCUUUGGUAUACUCUAAUGCUUUACAAAAAACCAACAGAAAUAUGUAUACAUAUAUUAAAAUAAAUCAAAGAAUUUGUAUAUAAACUAUGUAUAUGUAAGAACCAAAAAUGCAUUCAAGAAAAACAAAACGAAAAACAAACUACUAGAACUUAAUGAAAAACUUAAUUCGAAAAACAACAGAAUCUAGAAAUAGAGCUAGAGUUUAGAGUUAACUACUUAAGGCUAGUUUGGGCCGCGGAUGGUGUAUCGGCAACUGUACCAAAUUCUACGAGCUAUAUGAACCAGCGUUCGCAGCAAAGACAACCCUCUAGCAUAGUGUCAGGCAACGCAACCCACGUCCCUCUAACUGAAUUCGAUCCCAGCUCUAGGCUCUUUAGGUAGUAGCUAAAGCAAACAAUGUACCUACACAACCACAUACCACACAAACAUCCACACUCACUUAAUAAUGUUAGUUAAAGCACCUAUGGCAGUUUUAUAAGGAAAUUUUAUUCAACGACUACGAUGCAAUGCAUUCCAGAGUCUCGAGAGAAUACCUAGUUAAGCUUAUGCCCAGCACCCCAGAAACCUAUUUAUAUAGAUCUGUAUACUUCUGUAUCCGUAUAUCUGCAACCACAUAAGCCACAUAGAUCGAAUCGAUGUCUCAAUGUACAAAAGUAGUUAACUAAACCGCAUAAGGCAUUGGCUGCAGCAUUAGAGAUACGUUUAGUGCGGACUAGGGUAUAAACUUGCUGUAAUAUUUAUCGGCGCCAUGCUCUUUAAGGCAUGCCGAACAGAACUCACAAUAAACUCAAACUAUAGUUGGAAAUAAA